CAAAUUGCUUCCAUUUGAUUACAUCAAAGCUUAGCGACGCUUUAAUUUUGGUUAGUAAUAUAGUCACCUCUGCCGCCAAUUAAAGUUAUUUUUCGUCCUUAAAUUUCACUUUUCCUCCAAAAACGAAAGGUAUUAACUGUGUGGAUGCAAGUCAUUUCGUCCAAAUUUGUUCAGGCAAUCUCUCUGUCGUAUUGUGGCAGCCCAAAUAAUAAAAAAAAGAAAUUAUCUCCGAGUAAGUAAAAAACUCGAAAACAAUGAGUGGAGUUUCUUGGCCUAGAGAAAAUGAGCUAAACGAAAUAAAGGAGAUUGUUUCUGCAAUGGCUGGAAGAGGUCCUGAAGAAGUGAGAGUUGUGGUCUCUCCUUAUCGGAUUUGUCCACUUGGUGCUCACAUUGAUCAUCAGGGUGGAACUGUUUCGGCUAUGACAAUAAAUAAAGGAAUACUUCUGGGGUUUAUUCCUUCUGAUGAUACUGAGGUUAUACUGCGAUCAGGACAGUUCAAAGGAGAAGUAAGGUUCAGCGUUGAUGAAGUUCAGCAACCCAGACCCAUUAGGAAAAAAGGAGAGCCCCAUGCAACUGAUUCCCCAAAACUACAGGAAGCAGAUAACUGGGGAAAUUUUGCUAGAGGAGCUGUCUAUGCACUACAGAGCAGGGGGAUCUCUCUUACUCAGGGCAUCACAGGAUACAUAUGUGGUUCUGAAGGUCUUGACAGUUCAGGCCUUAGCUCUUCUGCCGCUGCUGGAGUUGCAUACCUGCUGGCUUUUGAAACUGCAAAUAAGUUGACCAUGACUCCCACUGAAAAUAUUGAAUAUGAUAGGUUGAUUGAAAAUGAAUAUUUGGGUCUGAAAAAUGGCAUAUUGGAUCAAUCGGCAAUAUUGCUUUCAAGCCAUGGUUUCCUUACACACAUGAACUGCAAGACUAAAGAACACAAGCUUGUUCCUUCACCAAAGCAAGGCGACUUCCAUAAAUCCUACAAAAUAUUAUUGGCAUUCUCAGGCUUGAGGAAUGCCUUGACUAACAGCCCUGGAUAUAAUCUUCGUGUGGUAGAGUGCCAUGAGGCUGCUAGAAUUCUUCUCAAAGCCUCUGGAAAUGACAACCUGGAGCCUCGUCUUUGCAAUGUUGAUCCAGAGGCAUAUGAGGCUCACAAGGGCUUAUUAGAACCCAAUCUAGCGAAAAGGGCAGAACACUAUUUCUCAGAGAAUAUGCGGGUUAUGAAAGGUCUUGAAGCUUGGGCUUCUGGCAACUUGGAAGAUUUUGGAAAGCUCAUCUCAGCCUCUGGUUUAAGUUCUAUUCAGAACUAUGAAUGUGGUUGUGAGCCACUGAAACAACUGUAUGAGAUUCUUCUGAGGGCACCUGGUGUAUAUGGAACUCGUUUCAGUGGUGCUGGAUUUAGAGGUUGUUGUCUUGCAUUUGUAGAUGCUAAUCUAGCAGAAGAAGCUGUUACUUUUGUUACAGAAGAAUAUCGUAAAGCCCAACCUAAACAUGCUAGUCAAAUCUUCACACAGAAGGCUGCAUUGAUAUGCGACGCAGGUGACUGUGCUCGCGUAAUAUGACCUGAGUUAGUUUUUUGGCAAUUUAAUGCCAUGCUUCCAUUUAUUCAUUGUUAGCAUGCAACUUUGUUUCAUUUAUACAAUUCGUUAUUUGGCUCCUUCUCCUUUAAUGUACGAGGUUUCAGUAUUGCAUGUUUGUUUGCAGCAGAUAUUGAGUGUGUUCUGCCACACAAUAUAAGCAUUUCAUUUUUCUUUAA